AAUGCUGAGAUGCCUCGUAGCUCUGUAUUUGGCAGACUCCAAAUGGGUGUUUCAGUUGCUUGCUUGAGGUUAUUAAAGAUACUGUGAAGUAUAGUUUACUCUGAUAAUGACAGAACCUUGGUUGCAUUUAACAUUAGUGCUUCUUGACAACGCUUUUAAUACCCAUGUCAAGUUAGAAUUUAAAAAAGAAAACAUAGUCUAAUUUUGAUUAAAAGUUCAGUGGCAGUCAUUCCUCAUUUAUUGUUUGCCUAUGUCAACUCGUUCUGAGAUGGUCUAUGUUUGAACUUCUUGGCAACAUCUGAUAUGAAAUAGGGACAGUCACUGACCCAUUUGAGGACAAAACUUGGAAACGUGAGGCAAUAGCAUCACCCAGUGACUACAGUACAAUAGAAUGAAAGCUCUGUAAGCACCUUUUAACUCUUUUGUGCUCACUUCAAAACCUUGUUCAUUCUCUUGUUAGCAUGGAGUAUGACUGGGACUGGGAAGAAAAAGAAGCGUGUUGUCACUUGAGUAAAACUGCCUGAGAAAUGUUACCAAGUAGGGUUGGGUGUUUCCUUUGGGAGAGAACAGGCCUAAACAGUGCCUUUCACAUCCUGUAGCUACUAGGAAGGCUCCAUGAUUGAGAUUAGAGAUGCUCCUUUAGCUAAUUAUAAACAAGUUUAACCUUAUAAGGGAUAGGAAUGGAAAGAUGCUACAAAAGACCUGCAUCACAUAGUCUGUCUCUUGCACAAAACAGAAGCUGUACAAAGAAGUCAUAAAGUUGGGAAGGGGGAGAAUAAACCCAAAGAGACCAGUGUAGGAACACAAGUCUAGUUUAUUGAAUUAACUUCUUUGAGGAAAGUUUUUUAUAUCAAAUGAGAACACUUUUCUUUUACCUCUAAAGAAUACUAAUAUUUAGCCCAGAAUUAAUAUAAGAAUCAUGAAGCUUAAAUAUUGGAGCGUAUUAUCUGACCCAUUUGAUAAAUGGCACUUAAUAUACUUUGCCAUGCUAAAGAAAAAUUUAGGCUGUAGAAAGCAGAAUAAAGUCAACAGAUUAUAUGUGUAAAUAACAGACUAUAUUAGGCAGGGGUGGGUGUCAUGAGGAUUAGUGUGAUAGUGACCUUGUUGCUAAGUACAAAAGCAAAACAAUGACAUAAAAACAAGUGCUGAAUACUGAGUGGAGGAGAGAUGGAGGCAGACACUGCGGGGGAAAAAGACUGAUUAAAAGGGCUCUUUGAUUCCACAGGCACAAAAAUCCACAGCCAGGAAUUUGCUGCCACCUCUGAGUCAGGCAGGGGGUGGGGAUGGGGGUGCACAAUCCCAUUAGAGAAUGCCCAGUGGAGUUAGUCUGUGGGAGUCACAUUUCUUAUUUGGCCCUGUGAAGACAGAAGCAAACCAGCUCACUUGUUUCCUGGGACAGUUGAUUUAGGGGAUGGCUUUUGCAGAGAAUUCACCUCUGACCCUGCACCGCCGGGACCUCUGUAGCCGUUCUAUCUGGCUAGCAAGGAAGAUUCGCUCAGACCUGACUGCUCUUAUGGAAUCUUACGUGAAGCAUCAGGGCCUGAAUAAAAAUAUCAACCUGGAUUCUGUGGAUGGCGUGCCAGUGGCAAGCACUGAUCGCUGGAGUGAGAUGACUGAGGCAGAGCGACUCCAAGAGAACCUCCAGGCCUACCGUACCUUCCACGGGAUGUUGGCCAAGCUUUUAGAAGACCAGAGAGUGCAUUUCACCCCAGCUGAAGGUGACUUCCAUCAGGCAAUACAUACUCUUCUGCUCCAGGUUUCUGCCUUUGCCUACCAGCUAGAGGAGUUAAUGGUGCUGCUGGAACAGAAGAUCCCUGAAAAUGAGGUUGAUGGGACGCCUGUUGCUGUUGGAGAUGGUGGCCUCUUUGAGAAGAAGCUAUGGGGCCUGAAGGUCCUUCAAGAGCUUUCACAGUGGACCGUGAGGUCUAUCCAUGACCUCCGUGUCAUUUCUUCUCAUCAGAUGGGUAUCCCAGCACAUGAGAGCCAUUAUGGGGCCAAGGACAAACAAAUGUAGCAGUUAGCCCUUCCCUCAUUUUUUGUUCUGCGGAGAUAUAGGUAGUUCCCUGAGGCCUUGUUUUCCCAGAACCAAUUUUUGAAGACCUUAAACCACAAGCAGUUUCAUGAAGUAGGCUUGACCACAUUUGAACGGAUAUACAUGGUUAUUCUAGGUGUCUGUAUGUGUAGGAACAUUUUUGUUUGUACUGGUGGUAUAAUAGAGUAGAAACAAGGGAAAUAUCCUCCCACCUUAGAGCUUUAAUGUCCCUGAUACUGAUACUAAGUGACCUUUCUAGGCAUUUAACAGCCUUUCAAGCAGAAGAGAAAUUGUAACUAGUUGUGAUUGACUUCUGAAAAGACUGAAUAAACAAAUUAGAAGUCCUAGCCUAUCACCAUUCAAACUACCAUAGUAAUAUUGGUGUGCUGAGGCACUGAGUGCCAUAGCUUUAUGUAUAUUCUAUAUAACUUUACAUCUUUGUCUCAGAGGGUUAGAUGUGUCUUGUGAUUUAUCCCUAGCUCUGAAAAGCAAGCAGCCUUUUGUUAAAUAUCCUCAGAAGUCAGCAGCAGAUGUCCAAGUGUUUGUUGCCCAUACCUGACAAAGAACAGCAACUACAAAUCUUUAAGAUUUCAUUUGGAUGAAAAAUGGGGCCCAUACUUGGAAACAGAGGAUAUGCAAUAACAGAGUGGUUAGGGUUGACUGUGUACUUGAGUAUUGGGUUAAUCAUUGUUUAUAGGAAAUUAACAGAUCAGUGAUACAGAUACGAUAUAUAGAUACUCGAUAGUGAGUGGAAUGUUCAGGUUAAAGAUCACAGAGCUCCAUCACCUUACAUUCUCUGGGCUUACUCAUGAGGGGAGGAUGAAGUCUAGUUGGUCCCCACUGAGAAUGCCAGGGAUUCUUAAACAGCACAGUAACGCUCUGCUUUUAAUGUUCUUGUGAGAGCCACACAGCAUGGAAGACUAGGAAACAGAUGUCCCUGGAAAAGAUCUGUGCAUUAGUGGUGUACUGUGAUUCCAACAAUUUGUAUCUUUGGUUUUUACUUAUUUUUAGGUAAACCUGAGAGAUCUCGAGUUGAGGGCCCAAGUCUAAUCAUGACAUCUCGCUUCAUAAACGAGUGAACUAUGCAUGAGUCAGAGAGGGCUAACUUCCAUAAGUUGCAUGAGGUGGGGAUAUGUGACUCAUCUUGUGUGCUCUCCUAUAAUGGGUUCCAUAAAGGCUAAAACUCUGAUUUAAGUACAUGACCAUACUCAGUCAAGCAUUGUAGUAGCUCAGGGGAAGUGAGACUAUGUUUUCUACUAUGCAUUUGUGAAAAUACAGUUGUAUAUGUAUAAAAUAAAAAGAUCAAAACUAGAAUGGGAUUAUAAAGAACUAAAAGAGAUCAUUUAAAGCCACAAGUAAAUGUGCUUCCUGGGUUGGUGGAGUAUAAUACAGAAUAAACUCCAACAGAGAAAAAAAGAGAGAGAGAAAAGAACAAGAAGUUGGCUUAUGAACAUGUGUGGGCCCAGACCCAGCACCAUAAAGGCCUAUUUAAUUCCAUUUGUGAUUGUGGUAUACAUAUUUUUCAUUACGAUAAAGUCUUAUUUCAUGUGCGCUUAUUAAGUUCUGUUUGUCAGGAGCAUCUUCCAUUUAAUAAAGUGUAUGUUAACAAGGCUCAUGUUUAAAGAAGAAAAGUGUCUAAAAUUUCAUUAUGAGGAAUGACAAGAUUACGAAUAAUCUCCAUCAUGAGUGACCCCUCUUCUAGGGGUUUUAUUUUUAAUCUUACAGGUGUGACAGAUAUUGCAGGAUUUUCAGAAAUCAGUGAGUCUAGCUUGAGCUCUGUUGAGUUACAUGUGAAAGAAUGUGUAUAUAGGUUUCAAUUGGAAGGCAGCCCAGACAGCACAAAAAUUGAAUGAGAAGAAAUAGGAAGAUGUCUGAGACUUUAGUGCCCUGCCCUACUGUGUUGUCAGAUUCAUCUUUAAGAAACUUGGUAGUGCAUGGCAGCAUCCCAGGCACUCAGGAAACUGAAGGAUUGCGAGUUUGAGGGUAGCUUGGACUACAUAGUAAAAAUGUACACACAUACACCUCAAGAAGAAAAAUAGAAAUUUAAAGUAUGUCUCUCAGCUGUGUGUAGAAAUCCUUCAGGAAAAAAGGCGGGGGAGGGACGAAUGAAUGGGAGAUGCCUCAGUGGGUAAGAGUUUGUCCUAAAAGCAUGAGAAUUUGAAUAUAUACCCCAACAUGUAAAAGCUGCGAGCAUGGUUGUGUAACGCCAGCAUUGGUGAGCAGGCAGAGUGGAUCCUGGGAGCUCACUGUGUAAGUGUCCUGUGACAUUAUUUCAAGACAAAAACAAUAAUAGAUGACUCUUGGUAUCCCUCUCUGACCUCAGCAUGCAUGCAGAUUCACAUGUACCACACAUGCACACACAAAUUUUUAUUAAAGGGAAGGGGAACUGGGCAUGGUGUGUAUCUUUAAUCACAGUACUCAAGAAGCAGAGGCAGGAAAAUGCAGAGUUCAAGGCCAGUCUGGUCCUGUCCUAGGACUACAUAGAGUGUCUCAAGGGGAGGUGGAAUAAAAGGUUAAAUGAGUUCUUAGCCAUAUAACAAAUAUGAACCUGUGUGAAAAGUUAAAUGUGUAGACAAUGCAUCAUACCAGAAACGCAUAAGAUUGAAUAAAGGGCUGACAAUGCCAAUGUCUCAGGUAGCUUAAUAAUACAGACAACAGUACUGCCGACAUACCUAGUUCUUGUUUGAUUGUUUUCAUAGCCUAUAUGCCACUAAGGAUCUUACUGGGCUUGGGAGGAGCUUGGUUUUAGCAUGGGACAUGAAACCAAUGUCUCACAUAAUAUGCACUCUACACCGAGCUCCAGUCCCAGCAUUUGGAAAGGUAUAGUUUUUAGUAAUUCAUAAGAUAAGUGAGAUUUUUCUUUAGAUUUUAUCCUUAUUUCAUAGACCUAUCUAUGGAAUCCCUUAAAAAAAUCCUAAGAUAUAUAAACUCAGUGCCUCACCUUUACAUUGUUUAAAAAGAAAUUCUACCCCACAGCACCAUAAAAAAAAAAUCCCUGAGGAGGGAAAUUAUGUUUCCCUGAAUUGCAUUAAUAAAGAUUGACAAAUUCUCCAUAAGAUGAUUUGAAACCCAUAAAUUUGUCCAAGCAUGGAAAAGAAUCAGCUUUAAGAAAUGGAAUUGAGGCAGAGUAUAAAGUCAUAGCCCUGGUAUUGCUGUUAUUUCAGACUGCCCAGUGAAUGACACUGCUGUGACCUCUGACCAGAGGGGGGAAGGUCUGAAGAAGAGCUUCAAGUGACUUGUGAUCGGGCAUCCUUGGCUCCUCACUGAGUACCAGAGCAGCAGCUCAUCUGUUGCUUGUAUUAAGGGUUAGCAACAUAGAGCGCAGGCCUCCACAAAAAUGAGGAACGGUGGUGGUUGAGUUGAGAUUUCAAUUGAUUGUGGUGUGUGUGAUAGAAUGUGGUUUAGGAACAGGGAAUUCUUUAAAGAAAUUUGGCCUCAACCUCAAGCUUCGUGGUCAAAAAUGAACCCUCUGAAUUCUGGUGCAUUCAAAAGUAAAAGGCAGUAAAAAUGAUCUCACGACAAAAGCUUUUACAGAAUUCUGACUAUCGCUGAUAGAAGAAAUGAAAUGUUUGGUGUUUAAAAUAAAUAGCCAUGUGCUUGAGAAUCUUA